GUCUGCUCUUCAUACACGACCGCCGAGAAUCAACAAUGGGAAGACAUUCCUCCGCGCGCUCGCUCUCUCCCAUUCGAAGGUACGAUGAACGUGAUAGGGAAACAGAGCGUUCUAAUCGUGACAGAAAAUCUGCGAGAACAGACGAUCACGACGAACGAGAUGAACGUCAUAAACGUCGUCGCAGCCGGAGCCGGAGUAGAGAGAGGGACGAUUCGUAUCGGCGUCGGGAUAGAGAUGACAGCAGGGAGCGCAGAAAAAAGCGUAAACGGGACAAGUCAGAGGAGCGUAAGGCCAGGAAGGCCGAGAAGAAGCGCAUCAAAGAGGAGGAGGAAGCUCGUCAAGUCGCUGAGCUCAGCGUUUACAGUGCAACCGAUAACCCUUUCCACGACGUCAACUUAGGGCAACAGUUCCGAUGGCAUAAGAAGAACGAAAGGGAUAAAAAGGCGGGCUUGACGUACGCCGAGUCACAGCGCCGUGAUGCCAUCCGCCGUCAGGAAGCCAAAGAAGAGCUGGAACGUCUGAACAGGAGAAGAGCUGAACGUGAGGCUGACCAGCGUCUCAGGGAGGAAGAGGAACUUCGUAUGCAACGUCUUCAAGAAUCUGCUCAGAUGUCGGAAUGGUUGUCGAAGGAGGGUGAUUUCAGGCUGGAGCAGGAGAGAAAGCGGGCUACCAUCAGGGUUCAAGAGAAGCGUGCCAAGGCCAUCGACUUUCUCGCUCUGAACUUGAAGUAUGUCAAUCCACCUGCUGAAGAGGACGACGGUGGCGAAGAGGAUGCUGGUUUGGAGAUUGACUUGGAUGAACCAUAUAAUAUUUUUGAUAACCUUACCAAUGAACAAGUGGAGGAGUUGCAUGAUGACAUCGAACGAUACUUGACGUUAGAGCAAGUCCCCGUUAACAUUGAGUUCUGGACUAACAUGAUGGUUGUCUGUAAGGAUCAGUUAGAAAGGAUCAAAGCCAACGACCGAAUGGGUAUCGAGGCUGCCGCCGCUGUUGAGACUGACAUCACCGCAUUGCUGUCCGGAAAAUCUUAUGACGAACUCAGUUCUCUCCAACGGCAAAUUCAAGACAAGUUAACGAGCGGCGAAACAGUCGACAACGAUUACUGGGAAAAUUUGCUGCGUAGGCUUCUCGUUUGGAAGGCAAAGGCAAAGCUGAAAAGUUUCCAUGAAGUGGUCGUUCGUAACCGUCUUGAACAGCUUCGCAAGCGCCAGCGUGAUGAAGCUCUUCAAGCUCAAGAAGAACUUCUUGCUGGCGUAGCGAAAUCAGCUUCUUCUAAACCUUGGAUCCCUAAAGAUGUCGAAGCAGAUGUCCCGGUUUCUGACGAUGAUGUCCGUGAUAUAGAGGAAUAUGACCGGGCAAUGAGUCCACCAUUGAUUGACAUCACAAAACUGUCAGUUGAAGACCGACAAAUUGAUAUCCUAACAGAGCAAGAAGAUCGUCGAGUUCUGUUUGAACAGCGCAGGGCUGUUGCAGCUUCGAGAUUCGUUGCCAAAGCCGUCCAGCAGAGGGUCGAAACUCAGGAUGAGGAAGCACCCAGCGGUGCUGAUCUCGCUUCGGAAGCGUUGUACAGGGCGGAGGCAGAGCGGGAGCUCGAUGAAGAGGAAGAGUUGUUUAAUCUUGAAGAGAACAUUACCAAUCCGACCAGCUAUAACUGGGAAGACAAGUAUCGCCCGCGCAAACCCAGGUAUUUCAAUCGGGUCCAUACCGGCUACGAGUGGAACAAGUACAAUCAGACUCACUAUGACACGGAUAAUCCACCUCCAAAAGUUGUCCAAGGCUACAAGUUCAACAUCUUCUAUCCUGACCUCAUUGACAAAUCGAAAGCGCCGACGUAUAAGAUUGUCAAGGAACCUGGAAAUGAAGAUACAGUUUUGCUGCAUUUCACUGCCGGUCCGCCAUACGAAGACAUUGCUUUCAGAAUCGUUAACAGGGAAUGGGAAUUUUCCCACAAACGUGGUUUCCGAAGUAGCUUUGACCGGGGCUGUCUAUCAUUGUGGUUCAACUACAGGCGCAAUUUCUACCGCAAGUAGUACGAAGGGUAUAUAGCAAUCUUUGUAUAACAUGUCUGCGGUUAUUUAAUAGUGGCCUCUUCAUUCUACCGUCGC